UUUCGUUUCACUUUGUAACAGAAAGCUCAAAUCAACGGUCGUGUCGUGAAAAUUGGGCAAGGCUCCGUGUGAAAACGCUAAAAUUCCUCGAACGAAAUUGAUUUGUGCGUGUGUGUCCAUGGUUAUUAGAGUGCAUUUGAUCUAAAGCAAAGUAUUAGAGAAUUGCAGAGUGCAUUUUGGAUUUACGGCCACACAAAGGUUUUCCAAGUUGCCAAAAACGUUGUCUGGAAGGGAAAUUUGUGCCAUUGUGUUUUUGCGCGUGUGUGUGCCUGUUUGUGUGUGAAAAAUCCGCCCUUAACAGCAGCCAGCCAGCAAGGAUCCCGAAGCUAAGCCAAGUCAAACUUUGAAACCACGGCGCGACUUGAACCACCCGAGCGUUGAUGGCUGCCACCAAAAUCAUCGAUGCACCGCGCAACGGCCACGAGAUGGCUCCAUUGAACACCAGGGCACGGGGCGAUGGGACGCACGGCGUGACCAUCGUCCUGACCGCCCCGCAGCGCAACUCGGUACAGUCGGUGGACAUUCCGGGCGGAGAUCCGGAGCGGGCCGCCUGGAGUGGCAAGAUGCAGUUCUUCCUCAGCAUCAUCGGCUACUCGGUGGGCCUGGGCAACAUCUGGCGCUUUCCCUACUUGUGCCAACAGAACGGCGGCGGUGCAUUCCUGAUACCGUUCAUGAUUAUGCUGAUACUGGAGGGAAUACCGCUCUUCCUCAUCGAACUGGGCAUGGGGCAGCGCAUGCGGCUGGGCGCGUUGGGGGUGUGGAACACCAUCCAUCCGUGGCUGGGCGGCAUCGGCAUCUCGUCGUGCAUUGUGACGCUGUUCGUGGCCCUCUACUACAACGUCAUCAUCACGUGGGUCUUCUUCUACCUCUUCAACAGUUUUCGGUACCCCCUGCCCUGGUCCACCUGUCCGACCAACGGCACUGGAUUUGCGCUUGAAGAGUGCGCCAAGUCGUCGGAGACAACGUACUUCUGGUACCGCACCACCCUGGACGCCGCCCCGUCCAUGGACGAGCCCGGCGGCCUCAAGUGGUGGAUUGUGCUCUGCCUGAUGCUCUCCUGGACCAUCGUCUUCUUCAUCGUGAUGAAGGGCAUCCAGAGCUCCGGCAAGGUGGUCUACUUCACCUCGCUCUUCCCCUACAUCGUCCUCACCAUAUUCUUCAUCCGCGGCAUAACCCUGCGCGGCGCUGGCGCUGGUCUAAUGCACAUGUACACGCCGAAGGUGGAAAAGCUGCUGGAGCCAACGGUGUGGCUGGACGCGGCCACCCAGGUCUUUUACUCGUUUGGCCUCGCCUUCGGCUCGCUAAUAGCCUUCGGGAGCUACAACACGCCGAAGAACAACUGCGUCCGCGACGUCCUGCUGGUGUCCGUCUGCAAUGCAGUCACAGCCAUCUACGCGAGUGUCGUCAUCUUCGCCAUUCUCGGCUUCAAGGCCACCAUGAACGUGGAUCGCUGUGUGGCAAGCAACACGGACAUCCUCGUUAGGCAUGCGUUUCUGGAAAACAAGAACGCCACCACCCUGGAGUACGAGCAUGCGAUGGACAAGCUGAACGACACGGAGAAGACCCUAUUUCAGCUGAGCGAGUGCACCCUAUCCAAGGAGCUGGACAAUGCCGCCGAGGGAACGGGCCUGGCCUUCAUCGUGUUCACCCAGGCAAUCGUGGAGCUGCCGGGCGCCCCCUUUUGGGCCGUGCUCUUCUUCACCAUGCUGCUGUCGCUGGGACUGGGCUCGCAGAUCGGCAUCUUGGAGGGCAUGCUGUGCACCCUCUUCGACAUAGACAUUAUCAAGCGGGUUAAGAAACAGCAUGUCACUGGCGUGGUAUGUCUAUUCUGCUUUACUGUCGGUUUCAUCUUCUGCACAGGUGCCGGGGAGUACUGGCUCAAGAUGUUCGAUUCUUUUGCCGGCACCAUUGGCCUGGUGGUGGUGGCCCUGAUGGAGAUGAUCGCCGUUAUCUUUAUCUACGGACACGAGCGCUUCACUGAGGACAUCUAUCAGAUGACUGGCUACAGACCCGGCCUCUACUGGCAGCUUACAUGGCGCUACAUUGGGCCAGUAAUCAUGGUCUGCAUCCUGGCCUCGUCCAUCGUCUUUAUGGUCAUCCGCAAUCCCACAUACGGAGCUUGGAAUGCCGAAUUGGGUAUGGUGGAGCAGAAGGAAUACCCCAGGUGGGUCAUGGGCAUCGCCCUUUCGAUGAUCAUGGCCGGCGUUCUGCCCAUGCCCAUUGUGUUCCUCAUGCGCAGCUUCCAGUGCCUGAAGGUGGACCUGGACAUACACCAGGGAUCGAUCCGGCGCAACGAGACAACCGCCUCUACCAAGGAGAUGAUUGACAACGACGACGAUAAUAUGAGUCCGGAUAUGCCACCGCAAGAUUCAUUAGCGGCGACACGCUUCACAAUUGGAGACUUCGAAGAGGACGAUGAGAACGAUUUCAGCGGACCCGCCCUGGGUGGCCACGUCAAGACCCAGAGCGACUAUUCCGACGACGACGAGGAGGACAAGCCCAUGACCAUGCGGAUGAUGAUGAUGCGUCCAACAACAACAUCGAACGUGUUAAAUGUGCCAACAAGCAGAAAGCAGCAGAACUACAAAAAGGAUGCGUACGAUUUGUAGACAGCUGUUCAGGUGUUCAGGUGUUCACAUAUAGGACGGGUCCAGGUGUGAAAUGAAAUGAAGUGGAACCCCCGCAGAGACAGGAACAGAAACAGAGCGAACGCAAUGGCAAGUGAAAUAUUAAUUAAACUGAGAGUACGGAAGAGAGAGAGAGAGAGAGAGAGAGAGGCAGGGAGCUGGAGUGGAGCCGUGCCGAGAUGAGCGCAAACAUUUAUAAAUAUUUACUCUAAGUAUUUUAACAUAAUUUAAAGCUAAACUAAGAAACAGAAAGAAUAAACUGAAGAGUUUGAAUUAAUUGAAUUCUAGUUCGAGUGCGUAACUAAAACUGUUAAACCGUAUUUUUAACACAAACUGAACUCAAACUAAACUAAAACUAAACCAAAACCAAGCAAACUAACUAACUCGCAAAUAGCGAGUACAAUGAGCUGCUGUGCUGUGGAAGAAGGAAAGCAGGACAGGACAAAAUUAAAUAAGAAAGAAAAGAAAAGAAGAGGAAAACUAUUAAAUAAAAGGGGUUGCUAAAAGUUUCGAUUGGAUGAUUAUGUAGCGUAGCAUUUAGUUGGAAUGCUUUAAGCUUUACCAUUAGACACUCUAACACACAAACUGAAAGUAUUUCUGGUUUCCCAUCCAUAGCCCUCCCCACCCCACCCCACCCCAGCCACUCUUCAAUAGCAAACGCUUUGUAGUCGACUUAGGAAGCGCAUUUCCAAAGAGUUUAACUCGAUAUUUAGUUUAGUAUAGAUCUACUGUCUGUUAUUAUUUGGACUUCUUACAUACAAAACUUGGGAGUGCAUGCCAAGACCCCAAUCUAUUAAAUCUAACGAGAUCUAGAAACAGAGUUACACAAUUUAAUGUUAAUUCAAACAAACAAGUUACACUCUAUAGACAUUUCAAGCUCUAGCUGCGUUGAGCGAGAUACAAGUAAAUACUUAUUGAACACAAAGAUACAUGGAAUGUGUGAUAUUCUAAAUAAUAUCCUCAGAACUUAGUCUAAGCGAGAAACCUUAUCGAUUUCACUUAGGUUUUAAGACUCUUCGAUCCCCUCCUCCCCGCCCCCAUGCAGCCACACCAUAUCUGUUCUCUCAACCCCAUCUUUAUCUCUAUUGUCCGCCCCACCCCACCACUCCCCGCUCUUCUGAUUGAGCCACCCAAGUAUAUUUUACCAUAUACCAACAGAACAAAACAAAACGAGAAAAAUAAACUGCUGUGAAUAGAUUUAGUGGUGGUAAAGCUCUACUGAAGAAGGGAAACCAUAAAGCUAAUAUUUAACUAGUUCUUAAGCGGCACUCGACACCACACCACACCAUCCACUCACUUCCGUUCACUCCGAGAACUAUCUGCCUCGGACCCGUUCCCCUUACCAUUCCCAAUUCGGUUUCCGCCAAAUGGUCUUCGUGCAAUCCUUAUGCAGAACUGUGCACCACACCCCCACCUCUUCGUAACUUUCUCUUAUUUCGUUAGGGUAGGGGUAAAGGCAACGUAAAAACUGAACACAGAGAUUAAUGAUAUAUGGAAAUAUGCAGAAUCAAAACACUUGGAACAUGGAAAGUACUCAAAGUCAAAUGCAAAAUGACAAAACAGAACAGAACAGAAUAAGAUUGAAGAUGUUGAAGACAAUAAGACAAUUAUAGAAAUAUACUUAUAAUAUGGCCUCGUCGCGGUGUGAGAGAUACGAGUAUCACAGCCCAUAGCCUAGCAGGAAUUUUAUCCAUUACCAUUCAAUUUUUGAAGCCAUCAAUUUUGUACACCUUCAUAUAAAUAGUCAAGAUGGGCCAUACCGAUUGGUGGCGCUAAAAGAGAGAUCAGAAGCUGCUCAUUAACAGAUAACAGAUAGAAAAUACCAUUCUCCUCACCUCCAUCUAUCCAAGAAACACUUAUCCUGAAAUCCUCGCAAUCGCAAUCCCAAUCGCAAUCGCAAUAGAAACCGAAACCAAAUAUCAAUCAAUUACCACAUACCACAUAAUAACAAGCCUAAAUGUAUAGUUAACUUGUUUACGCCACUAUAUAUACAAUACCUAUAGGUAUAUACAUAUAGUAUAUACAGUACAUAUAACCUAUAUACAUAGCUCUACUAUACCUACGUAUAAUUAUUGUAUAUCAAUUAUUGUUGUAGUAGAAGUGCGCAACGGACUCGUGUAAAUUUGAUUGUAUUAAAACACACUGCAAAGAGAUGAAUACUUAUAUAAACCAUUAUUAUACCGUAUGCAGGAAAUGAUUAUGAUUAUGAUUAAUAAAGAUAUUUCAAGAUUAGUGCGUUAAGUUGAAGAAGAGCAAAACGAAA